AUGGCACCAGCUAAUGUCAUAGAAGAAAAGGCGGAAAAUAUAACAGAAGCUAACACCUUUCGCACUAUUCUAAUUCAAGUUGAUAAAAGCAAAGAAGCGCGUAUCAGACUGACUGAUUCAUCAACUGCAUGGGAUGUUCGCGCCAAACUGAUAUCGAUGCGGAUUAAGCAAUCGUCGAUGUUCCACUUCCUAGAUAACAAGGGCUAUCGCGUACUACAAUCGGAUGAGCAAUCAAUCAGUAUUAGCGAAUUAAUUUUUUCAACUGAUGAUGGUGAUACAAUUUAUUUGAUAAGUGAAAAGUCGCUGCUGAAGAAGUUUCUACAGCGAAUCGCAGAGAUUCUGAUAUAUUCUGUCACAAUUAUUAUGAUAGUAUAUUUCAUUUAUCAUUAUCGCAAGACAAUAAUGCGUGAUUACUUAUGUCCAUAUCUUGAUAAAUCGAACCGGGCUUUGGCACAUACGUUGAAUUGUUCUAUCGAAAUAAAUGAACAAGACACAAGAGAAUAUUUGAAAAACAAAAUAAUAAUUCAUUCAAAGGGAGAAGAAUCAUUUGUCACUAAAGACAAAGAUGCUGAGAAAUUAGAAUCCAGCAACACUGUCCAGCACUAUGGGACCACCAUGUACGAUGAAUGGGUUAAGAAUGAAGAAAAUUAUAAGGCAGACUAUGAAUGGUAUAACAAUAUGAAAUCGAGUUCCGGAAACUGUCAACAGAGUUUUGAAGAAAAAGUCAGUCAUUCCAAUAAACUUAUAAAGGAUACGCCGGAAUCGAUUGACGAAUAUGUUCAAAGUGAGUUUUAUGAUUGGCCUGAAAAAAUCAAAGGCAAGAUUAAAAUAAAAAAAUCAAUUGGAAGGAUCAGCAAACGAUGA